CCCUGAAUAAUAACAAAUUUUUUGCCUUUUCAUCUUCUCCAUAUUUCCUUUUUACAUCACCCCACCAAAAAUAUACAUGAUCCUUUACAGAUCAUAGAGAAACAAGAACAAAAGGCUCAACUAAAGUGGGAGAUCGAUGAUGGGAAGGCCACCAUGCUGUGACAAAGUGGGGGUGAAGAAAGGGCCAUGGACUCCGGAGGAAGAUAUCAUCUUGGUUUCCUACAUUCAAGAACAUGGGCCUGGGAAUUGGAGAUCUGUCCCAACCAACACUGGCUUGCUUAGAUGCAGCAAGAGCUGCAGACUCCGAUGGACUAAUUACCUCCGGCCGGGGAUCAAGCGUGGCAACUUCACAGAUCACGAGGAGAAGAUGAUAAUCCACCUCCAAGCUCUUUUGGGCAAUAGAUGGGCGGCCAUAGCCUCGUACCUUCCACAACGGACGGACAACGACAUAAAGAAUUACUGGAACACCCACUUGAAGAAGAAGCUGAAGAAGCUGCAAUCCGAAGGAGGACAAGAUCGGUGCACAGCAUCGUCACUCACAAAGUCAAAGGGGCAGUGGGAAAGAAGGCUGCAGACAGACAUUCACACAGCAAAGCGAGCCUUGUGUGAAGCCCUGUCCCUGGACAAGACAACCUCGUACUACGACAUCAUGGGUGAAUCAAAAACCCCCACCAACAGCAAUCUCCAAACCCCAAUAACCACUGCUACUUACGCAUCUAGUGCUGAAAAUAUCGCCCGGUUGCUGGAGAAUUGGAUGAAAAAAUCACCAAAAUCAUCACAAACCACGACCACACAACUCUCUGUGACAGCCAGCGAGGGUUCACACAGUGCCACAAACACAACCUCACCAGAGCCCAAUUUGGAUUAUCACUCCAGCUUCAUCAGUUUCAACAAUACUAACUACUCCUCUUCAACGCCCAACCAAGUCCCUCUUACUUUGCUGGAGAAGUGGCUGUUCGACGAUGCUGCUUUGGCUCAUGUUCCAGAUCACGACCUAAUUAGUGUCUCAUUAGAGCCCGAAACUGAAGGGGGUUUGUUUUAAUUAGGGGGCUUUUUGUUGUUUUGUGUGCUUAAAUUAGCAAUGUCGUCAAUAGAGCUUCCUUGUGUGGACUUCAACACACGAGGAAACGAACGAACCAAACACUUUUCACACUAUUCCUGCGGUUUGAAACAGAUCAAAAGUGUAAAUUAUAAGUAAAAACUUUGUAUGUAUGUAUAUAUAUAUAUAAAU